GCCAAGCCUUGCCCCACUUGCGAUAGCAGCCUAAUCGGCCCAGAGCGAGGGUCUCCGGCCAUGCAAUCGAUUCCGCAAGUGGAAAUUUCAAAGAAAGUUUCAGCCAAAAGGUUGCAUAUCUUUUCUGCACGUACGCCUCCAGACUGCAGCAAACCUCAAGACAAGGCCUGCUUUUGAAUUCGCGGGCUCUGGCAGAUUUCGAUCGGGCACGACUCCGGCCCUUCUUUCUGUUCUCAUUAAUAUCUCGCACAUUCUGGGUUGCAGUGUACUAAGUACCCGAUUCGUUGCCAAAGCGCCGCCACAUUCCGAGUCAGAGUCAGAAUCAGCAAGCCACUCUUCGCUCGCACCCUCGCAGCCAUGGCUGCCGACGAGGGCGGUCGCGUUGCAUACGCGGAGUUGGAGGGCCGUUUGAACUCGCAGCUGCUGCAGGCGCUCUCAAACCACGGCUUCCACUACAUGACUCCGGUGCAGGAGAAGGUUCUCCGGCGGCCCGUAUUCACACAGGAUGCCCUCGUGCAGGCCAAGACGGGAACCGGAAAGACGCUCGCCUUCCUACUGCCGGCCCUGCAGACCCUGCUCGAGGCGAAGGAUCUGGACGUUUCGUGCGUCGGCCUCCUCGUGCUGGCUCCGACCCGCGAGCUGGCCCAGCAGAUCAAGGGCGAAUGCGACAAGCUGACGGGCGAGUGCUCCCGGCCGCUGGAAUGCCAUAUCGCGGUCGGCGGAAGCAGCCGCCACUCUCACCUUACCAGAUUUCUGAGGGGAAAACCGACCAUCCUGGUCGCCACCCCGGGCCGCCUGCUCGACUAUCUCGGCGAGGAAGCGGCCCGGCAGAAGCUGGCCAAGAUUCGCUGCGUCGUGCUCGACGAGGCCGACCGCAUGCUCGACGCCGGCUUCGCGCCCGCCCUGAAGCAGAUCCUCGAGAAGAUCCCGCCCAAGGCCCAGCUCGGGUGGCAGGGCAUGUGCUUCAGCGCGACGGUGCCGCCGGAGAUCAAGAAGAUGCUGCCCAUGGUGCUGAGCAAGGACCACGUGCGCAUCUCGACCAUGGACGAGAACGAGGCGCCGACGAUCGACACGGUCCCCCAGACCGUCCACCCGGUCGGCUCGGUCGCGGACGUCCUGCCGACCCUGCACUCGGUGCUCUCGUGCGCCCGCGCCGACAACCCGCGGCUCAAGGCCGUCAUCUUCUGCCCGACCGCCCGCCACGCGGGGCUGCUCUACCACGUCUUUGGCCACACGGGCGGCGCCGCCCCGCCCAAGUUGCCCGUCUUCCAGAUGCAGUCGCGCAUGUCGCAGCCCCAGCGCACCCGCACGGUCCAGGAGUUCAAGGAGACGGACCGCGGCCUGCUGUUCGCGUCGGACGUGGUCGGUCGCGGCAUGGAUUUCCCCGACGUCGACCUGGUCGUCCAGGUCGGCGUGCCGAGCGAGACGGACCAGUACGUUCACCGGGUCGGCAGGACCGGCCGCGCGGGCAAGAGCGGCCAGGCCGUCAUGAUCCUCGCCCCGGAGGAGAUGUGGUUCGUCCGGGAGAACCCGCAGUUCCCCAUCAAGGACGGGGGUAAAUUCACCCACCCCAAAGCGCAACUCUACCCGUCGGCAGAGAUCAUCCAGUCCGCCCUCGCCAAGGUGCCGCAGCAGACCAAGAUCCAGGCCUACGUGGCCAACCUGGGCUUCAUAAACUCGCUCAUGCGCCGCUACGGGCUCGACCAGGCCGGCGUCGUCGCCCUGGCCAACCGCUUCGCCGCCGCCUUCGGCUGCGGCGACGCCCCGCCCGCCCUCAGCCCCGCCACCGUCGGCAAGAUGGGCCUCCGCGGCGUGCCCGGCCUGGUCGUCGAGGGCAAGGGGCUCGUGGUCGCUGGGAACGCCAACCCCGCCGGCAACGCCGGGAAGGGAGGAGGCAGGGGGGCCAGGGGGGGCAGGGGCGGCGGCUCCUCGUCGUUGUUGUCUACGUCGUCGCGCGGCGGCGGCGGGAGGAGGGGUGGUGGUGGUGGUAAGGGUGGCCAGCGCAGGAGGCAGCCGCAGUGGGCGUCGGGGGGUUCGGGAGCCAACGGUGACGGUCGUUUCUAAGGGUCCAUGGGCGUCCUAUGAUGGUUACCUGAGGUACGGUGUAUGAUACGUGGACGACUCCGAUGGACUUUGCUGGGAACCAGCUGGGCAUUAAGGGUUGGAUUCUGUUAUGUUAAUUAUAGAACGGUUUUUUUUUUUUUUUUUUUUUUUUGGAGUUUGGGGCUCUCAGGAUGAUUGUCGAGCACUACGCCUUGUGCUGACCGGCGAAAGGACACACAGGUCUUUGGAUUGUUCAGC